CUAAUUUUGGAAUUCCAUUUUAUGACAUUAUUGUCAAAAUUAGUUUUUAUUUUUUGUAACAUUACAGCAGUCAGCAGCUCAAAGGCCAAUUUAAUAAGAAUAAUAUUGCUGUAAGAUAUACAAUAACUUAAAAAUACAUAAAGAAAUAAAGAAUUGGUUCAAGAUGUUGUUUUACGCAAUUGGGUACCAAUCAGUCCAAGACCAAAACUAGAAUACCAAAAAUUUUGCAGAUUUCCAUUUUACCUAAUAUGGAAGUGGAUGAAGCUGUUGUGGACCUGAGUAUUGGAAGUGUACCCCAUCCACUAAGACCGAACGCUUCAAACAAUUACGACACAGGCCAAAUAAUUCAACAAUCCAUAUCGACCAUGGUAAACUCCAGGCGGAUAUUGAGACCUAGAACUGAACCAAGACGGUAUGUGGAGUCUCCAGAUGCUCUCAUCAAUGGUUCUUUAGGUAGACUGAAUGGGCGGAAUGGCGUGGAGUUUGAUAGUGACUCCAGUGAAGGAGAGAUGCCCCCACUACCACCGCCAAUUAAAGAGCUGAGCCCUGACGAACUGAAACAGAGAGAUAGAGGUCUGAGAAGGUUAAGAGAAGAACUGAGGGCCGAGGAGAUGAAACUGGUGCUGUUAAAAAAACUGAAGCAAUCGCAACAACUGAAGGAGAAUGUCGCGGUCCAGUUGCCCCCCGGAGUGCCUCCCUCUGCUCUGCCACCAGCUGGUUUGCCCAGUGGACUGAGUAUCACUCCUACUAUUGUUAAGCUUCCCUCAAGUAAUGGUAAGAAUGUGACUCCCCAAGCUGCGCAUACCAGGCAUCCUUUAACUCCUAAUUCGGUUCCUAAAAAUGUGCCCUCUGGGGUACCAUCACUUUUAAGAGGGCAAUCAAACUCGGGGUCCCGCUCCGGUAUCCACGCGCCCCAAAUAACCGCCACCCCAUUAACAACCACCAAUAGGGCGGCUAAUGUAUCGGUGUCGCAGGCCCCGAGGGGUUCCGGAGGUAUCCAGCGCCCCCCCGGAUUCCCACCCGGAGUAAAAGACUUAUCGCCCUCUGUGACUAUAACACCUGCGCCUCCACAACCCCUAAAGAAUUUGCCGGGACACGAUAACAAACCGUUGGGAAUGUCUCAGCACUCUGGUAUUUCCGAGGAGCGACCGAGAGAGGAUAAUCAAACCCCGGCCCAGAGACAGGCUGCGGCGAAGUUGGCUUUGAGGAAACAACUUGAAAAAACAUUAUUGCAGAUUCCGCCUCCUAAACCUCCACCUCCAGAGAUGCACUUCAUUCCCAACCCCAGCAACACAGAGUUCAUUUAUCUGGUCGGAUUGGAGCAUGUCGUAGAUUUUCUCACUAAAGAAACCAAAAUGCCUCUUCCACCGCAACCGUUCAGUUGUACCCAAUGUAAUCAAGAUUUCACACCCGUGUGGAAGUGGGAGGGUAAAAAUAAGAAGGCUUCCAGAGUGAUAUGCGAACAGUGCGUGACGAAUAACGUGAAAAAGGCGCUCAAAGCCGAACACACCAAUAGACUGAAGACCGCUUUUGUGAAAGCGUUGCAACAGGAGCAGGAAAUCGAGCAGAGACUUGCGCAGAACGGUUCCUUUUCGACCACGAGUCCGGCGCAGUCUCCGUCCGCACCUGAGCCUGCUGUGACGACGCCAAAGUCGGUGACGCCGACUCCGGCGCCUCGUCAUGCCGCCACUCCGACGCCCCCGGCACCUCCGCCGCAACCUACGCCGCCUCCACCACCGUCUCGUUCCUCUCAUCAAUCGUCCUCCAGUCAACAUCAGAGUUCGUCUUCUGCGCAGCAACAAGAUAAAUACAGUGCGCAGCAGAGCGCGGCCGCGAUGCAAGCUUUUCAUCAGCAGUUAUUGAGAACGAUAACUCAAGGUGGCCCACCAGCAGCCGCCCAUCUCAUGCACCUGCCGCUCUUUUACCCGUACCAACUGGCGAUGGCGCAGGCACAAGCCGCUGCGGCCAGUGCGGGAAAAAGUAGCGGCAACGCAGGUGUCGCCCCUAAUAUUGCCGAACAAAUGCAAAGGGCGGCAGAUCUGCAACGUCAGUAUUUAUUGGAUAUGAUCCCUCCGGCUCCUGGACAACGCCACAACUGGAAAACGUGAUGUGAUUGAAUUAGUUAAUUUUUUUUUAUAGAAGGACGCUGUUCAUAGCUGCUGAGUGGGAGGAGCCCUCUGGUGUCUUAUUUAUAAGGGGCUGUUUUAGUAGUACUAUUUUAGAUUUUAAUUUUGAUUCGUACAAAGUGUAGGUCAAUUUUUUAAGCAGAUUGAUCUCCGGUUCCCUCUCAGAGAAGGAAUUAAAAAUCCGCUUAUCGUCCCGUGUAUAAAACCUUAACGUUGUACAGGAUAUAUUUCGUUAUAAUUUAGAUGCGAUUGUGGAAUGAAAAUGGCGCGUUUUAAAUGAGUUGUAGUGUUGCGAUGACCCGAAUAAUUAAAGCUUGUGAUGAAUUUGAUACUUUCAUCUCAACUUAGAAAAGGGAGCUGUCCUAAGACUGGCCAUAUACCGCCUACAGCUGCUUUUCUAAAUUAAAUAAAUUAUUUAAUUGUUAAUUAAAAAAAAACGCAACAAAUGGGGUGCUAAAGCUGCAAAUGAAUAUUAUAACAUGGUUGUGUUUAGAAGAAAAAAACAUUGUUAGGGUGAAGUUAUAGUUUCAUUCCCUCCCCGAAACACACUAAAAUAAUAUGCACAUUUUAAAAAAAGCUCAAUUAAACUAAACAAAAAAAAUAUGGUUUUAUAACGAUUAAUGUAUAGUAAAGGUGUAAGAUUAUGUGAGGCACAAUUUUUUUCCGAUUUAGCUGUUUUAUAAUGCAACUUGUACGAUUAUGAAAUUUUGAGUGUAUAAAAUAUUGGACUGUAAUAAAAGUGAUUUCAAUCGUGGUA